AUGUCUUUACAAAAGACUGCUUUACAAAAGACAGCUUUACAAAAGACAGCUUUACAAAAACAGCUUUACAAAAGACAGCUUUACAAAAGACAGCUUUACAAAAGACAGCUUUACAAAAGACAGCUUUACAAAAGACAGCUUUACAAAAGACUGCUUUACAAAAGACAGCUUUACAAAAGACGUCUUGA